GCACCACAGUCGCGCGCAUGCACACGCACUCCGAAGCAUACAUUGGUUGAUGCUGAUCAGUACAAUAAUAAAGACUAGGCUAUUCCUUCAGCUUGCUUCCGGAUCGAUAUUGGCAGUUUAUUGAUAUGAUAUUGAAGCUGUUGUAAUAUACAACCCUUUGUUUAAAGGAAAGCCUGGGGAGGGGAGGGGGGGGGGGGGGGGCAUACCGCCCUUUGCAAUGAGGUAAACAUCAUUCCCUUCUUUGACUCUGGCAGUUGAAUCUCCACACCAUUUGGGUGUGACCUGCCCCUGUCGCCUGACCCCUCCCUUCUAGCCACUGCGACCCCUCUCUCCUUCUCCAUGUUUACUUUGUGGUGAGAGAUGGGAGAGAUGCUCUUCUCUGUGACCCUCCAUCACCUCCUUCUGGCAGGGGUUUGUCUCUGCGUCUACAGCACCCCAGUUCCGCCCCUCCACGACUACGCACCCUCCACACAGGACAGUGGCUGUGAUGGACAAGCUGGAGAGCCAAUGGAGGGAGAGCCCUGUUUAACACCAGCAACACCUGCCAGUGUCAUAUCAACAAGUGUUCAAUCUGGACCCUCUGAUCCUGGCAGACUGUCCUAUGGGAUGGCAGAACACAGGACUGGCAGCUGGACUGACCUAUCAGAGAAUGUAGGAGCAGGGGGAGGCACUGGCCCAGAUGUGGACGGAAGCGAACUAGGGGGGAUAGAGCCAGUGACGCAGGUAGGAAACAGGGACAGUCAUGGACGAGGAGUGGCUGGGGCUGAGAGCCAGGGGAGGGAGGCUAAGACGGGGGCUGCCUCUGAGAGCUUGUUUGAGGGGAAGGAGACUCACAGACAGCCUGCAGAAGCUCCAGAACUCUACACAGACAAAGAGAUGAGAGUAGGGCCCGAAGAGAAAACCAUGGAGAAUGUACCUAUUACCACCACUGGGGCAAUGUUAGCUUCCAUAGGAGAGAAGCACGGGAUGACAGAGGCCGUGAAUACAUCUAGAGCUGCUUUACAUGAUGCCUCCGCAGCAGCCAGAGCCCCAGAGCCAGACAGCCAGUCAGGGACGCACCCAGCUGGGGAGAGGAGAGACCUCAUCCUAGAAGAGAGGCCAGACCUCCAUGGAGGAGAGGAGGGGGAAGUCAGACAGAGCUUGACCGACGUCGGAGCUCCUCUUCUGAGCCAGGAGACAGAGACGACCAGACCAAGCUCCUUAUCUCCCCAAAGCAUCCUUAAACACUCACCUUUGACCUCCAUCCCUCCGUCAGUAUGGGGAUCCAGAGGAGAAGCUUCAUUGCUGCCCCCUAGUGGUCUAGAGGCCACCGGCCCUGCCACUCCGUGGCACCAAGAUGGAGAGACAGCGCCUUCUCUCUCAAACCCCUCCCUGGCCGACCUUGGACCGGCCCUGACAGGAUCCUCCAGACAGGAUGACCCUGACAGCCUCUGGACUGAACCACUGCAGCGAAAUGAGGCCAUGGAUGCCAGUGCCCCUCCCUUGCAGGACACGGCCACAGAGGGCACGAUGUCCUCGGAGGACCUCCCUCUCAUCUUCGAGCCCUUUGAUGUCACACCCGAAGGGGCGGGGGUAGCAGCGGCCACUCUCUCGCCUGACAACUCACAGCCGUCUGUCGCCAUGGUUACCACGGGGAUGCUGCUGUCAGAGGCGGAUCUCGAUCAGGCGGUCACUGCGGAUACAGAUGACACAGGGCCAUCCCGUGUUCCGUCCCCAGUGCUACCAGAUUGGACGUCGCCAUGGCAGACAUCCGGGGCCGAGAUCUCUGAGCCCAUCAGCCCCUCUGGUUCACCGAUAGACCCGCCGCCUUCAGAGGCAGAACAGCUAGUACACCAGUCUGACACAGAUGGCGGUGAGACCAUACAGAACCUAGAGGAAACCCCGCCAACAUCCGAAACCAAUCCUAUAAGCACCACCUCCCAGCAGAUUACCAUGACAAUGGUCACCAAGACAACCAAACUGCCUGCAGCCAAAUCAGGUCUGGAGGAACUGGAGUCUGAAGAGGAGCCAGAGGAGGAUGAGGAGGAUGAGAACACGGAGGAGUCAGAGGAAGAGGACAGUGAAGAGGACCUGAAUGAGACCCCCAUCCCAGCCCCCACCCGACCUCCCUACAGCCUCAUCCCCCCACCCCCUGUCUGGGUGCAGCGCAACCAGGGCCUGAUGCGUAGAUGGGUGGAACUGAUCAGAGAAAAGGCAGGGUAUGUGUCUGGGAUGUUGGUCCCGGUGGGCAUUGGCAUCGCAGGGGCCCUGCUUAUCGUUGGGGCCCUCUACAGCAUCAGGAUGAUCCACCGUAAGAGGAACAGCUUCAAACACCAGCGCAGGAGGAAGGUCAGACACACCGAGCAACCCAGGGAGCCAAGCAGCAACGGGCAGGACCAAGCCAUGCUAUUGGCUGACAGCUCCGAGGACGAGUUCUGAUCCCUCCCACAUUUCCAUGACUACCACAUCGCCAAUCACUAUGGGCCGCCUGGCUAUGAGACAAUGGGGGAAGUUUGCGUACUACUGCCAGACGGGUGGGUUUUUGAAAUGUAAAACAUGGUAGAAUGUUUGCACACCUACGUAGUUACAGGUGCACAGAGGGAAAAUUAUAGAACAUUUUAAGAGACUCCAGGCUAUUGACAUUCUUGUAUGAUCAACAAUGUGUUGAUCACAACCCAGUUUGAGAUCCUUUCAAACACACACUGCAUAAAGCGAUGUCAGUGUGUUGAUGCCUCUUUUUUUUCCUAAUGACUGGCUCUGUAAUUAAAACGCUAGAGGGGACACCUACAUCGCAUACAAUAGGCUCUCAGUUUAUAAAGCUUAGCAGGGUUACAUUUCAAUAGUCUAAAGUGGCUUCCUCUCCUUGUCUCCUUUCCUACAUUUUAGGAAGGAAGCCACUUCAGACUAUAGAGAUCCACAUACUGGAGUAAUAUUGCCACAUACUAUAUUGUUCAUAGCACAUCAUAGACACUGGAAGAAGAAAAAGCAUAAGCUCUCGGCAUCAGUUGCAUUAAGUAAAUAUGUAUUGAAAACACUGACAGCGGUUCUUGGAUUCAACCUUGUCAAUUGUUGAAGGCCAAAGGCAUGUCAUCAUCCUACUUUGAAAGCAUGCAGCAGGAACCAGCUCUGUGUAUCUACUGUGUGUGUGUGUACAGUAUACUGAUAUUUUUCCUCUUGUUGCUCCUCCUGACAACGUUAGGUUUUUCCUCCAGUGCAUGGCAACAACCUUUUUCAUAACUGUAUAUACAAGGCUAAUACUUAAUUAAUCAUCUCUAUAUCAUUUCCCAUUUAAUCGUCCAUUACUCUACAGAAAGCCCAAGUCAUUUGGAGUCAUUACAGACACGCUGACGGAUUUGUAAAGGGAGACCACUUGUAUUGUUCACUCAGCUUCUGUCCUGUACUGUAUGGUUGUUUUUCCAAACAGUGUAGCAAUAGAAUGUUCUUAAUUUGCACUGGUACCUGAAAGGACAGCAGGUUGACGUUUGUCAUGAAUCUUGCCCUUGAGGUGGAAUGGAGCCAUUUCCGCUAGAUGGGCCAGCUUCAAAGUCAAAAUUGGCUAUUGUAAAAAUGUAUGAAAACAAAAUGUAGCUUUAGAUUUAAGGUUAGACAUUAGGGUUAGCAGUGUGGUUAAGGUUAGGUUAAAAAAAAUCUGAUUUUAGGACUUUGUGGCUGUGCCAGCUAGUGACUACUCUCUAAAGCUGCCUCAAGAACAAGAUUCAUGAUGGUAAAAAAAAGUCAGGUGAAAGGCUCAGCAUCCUCGAGUUUUGGCUAUCAGCCCCUCUUACGCUCUCUGCUACAGCGUUGAUGCCACUGGGAUCUAAAUUCAUCUCUUUAUUUAGUUCUGUGGUUGAUCUAAACUGUCUGCCUUUAAGCACUAAAUAUCACAAAGGUGUUUUCAAAAAUCAAAUUCCAUGUAUUUAAGUAAUCUUGCAUUGCUAUUUAUAGUAGUCACUCAUUUCAAGUCUGUGAAAUGUGUCAUUUUGUGUGACCGUCUCCUGGUAGGUUGCUUGAGAUAAGCCUGUGAAUAUGCAAUAAUACUGUAUCAUAUGGGUUCUGUAAAAUUGUCAACAUUUGUCUUUCUUUCUAUAGAUAUCAAAUGUGAAGUAUUUACCAAUAAAGCUCUGUUUGGGAAGGGC